AUGGAUAAUUACCUUGCGAUCACUGAAUUGGAUCGAGACUCACAAUUCCUCCAUCUUUUGUGCACAGACCAGAACAAAAAUUCAGUUCUCUUGACUGCGAUCUACGCCAAGCCUAACGACCAUGACCGGCAACCCCUAUGGGCGAACAUUCGAAGACUUGAGCAAACCAUUGAUAGGCCUUGGCUUCUUGCUGGAGAUUUCAAUUCCAUCACCUGCCCGUCUGAACGCAAAGGUGGCGCUGCGUACAAUCCGAGCAAAACAGCUAGCUUCAAUGCGUGUAUUCGUGAUUGUGGGCUUCUAGAUGUUGGAUUCACUGGACCUAAGUUCACGUGGAGUAAUGGGAGGCUCUCCCAACGCCUUGACAGAGCCUUAUGCAACCAGGAGUGGAUCAGGCAAUUCCCUGAUACCGUGUCAACAAAUCUGCCAAGGCUCCGCUCGGACCACAGACCAAUCCUUAUCUGCAGUAACAAUGACCAUGGUGGUAUGAACAAACCAAGACUGUAG